AUGCACGGUUUGAUGAUGAACUAUCCAUUGACGCUUGCGCAGAUUUUGGAACAUGCGCAUCGUAUACACGGCAGUAAGCGAGUUACCACACUCCUGCCCGAUCAGACGUUCCAUAGUUAUAACUAUACUGCAUUGUACGAGCGCGUGCAGCGGUUGGCGAACGCUAUCACGCAAUUGGGUGUUAUACAGCCGGGUGACAGAGUUGGGACGUACGCUUCCAAUACCUAUCAGCAUCUGGAACUCUACUAUGCGAUUCCAUGCAUCGGUGCUGUGCUACAUCCGCUCAAUGUUCGUCUCACUGCUGUUCAAUUGGCGCGAAUCGUGCGCGAGGCAGAGGAUAAAGUCAUUUUUGUGGAUGGCGCAUUUGUCGGGCAGUUUGAGGAACUACGAGAAAAGAUUGAAUGUAAACAAAUUGUCCACUUUAAUCCGAAUUCCACGCAUACCGGUGUUGCUUAUGAGCAGUUGCUCUCUGAAGCCGAGCCAGCCUAUUCAUGGAAUAUCCAUGACGAAAACUGGGCAAUGGGACUUUGUUACACCAGCGGGACGCAAGGGGAGCCUCGAGGUGUUCUCUACACCCAUCGCUCCAUGUUUCUUCACACGCUUGCUGUGAAUCAAGCCGAUGUCUUCGGAUUAACAGAGGCAGAUGUCGUGAUGCCCCUCGUCCCGAUGUUCCAUGCGAUGGCAUGGGGACUCCCCUACGCGUCCAUGUUCGCUGGCGCAGAUAUAGUGCUCCCCAGUGUUAAGCCCGUGUGCCUCGCAGACCUCAUCGCCGAGACAGGUGUCACCGUUGCCGCAGGGGUCCCGACGGUCUGGGCAAAGGUUUAUCCGGAAUUAUCGAAAAGGAAGCAGGACAUCUCCACGUUGCGACGAUUGAUAGUCGGCGGUGAGGCGAUGCCACCUACACUCAUUGAAGCUUACGAGAAGAAUCUCGGUGUUGAGAUUUGCCACGCUUGGGGGAUGACGGAGAUGUCACCAACCGGUACGUUCUCGAAACUGCGCGGGACACAUCAAAAUUUGUCGGAUGCUGAAAAGUGGCGAGUUAAAGCGAAGCAAGGAAGGCCGAUACCGGGGGUUGAACUCCGCCUCGCAGCUGAAACAUCUAACGGCUUCACGAAACUUCCUUGGAAUGGCGAAGCAGUCGGGGAACUGCAGGUGCGGAGCCCAUGGACAGCAAGUCGUUACUACAACAUUGAGCCUACUACGGAACAUUUCACUACCGACGGGUGGUUACGCACGGGAGAUAUUGCCACUAUUGACGUGGACGGUUACAUGCAGAUUGUGGACCGCGCGAAAGCACUCAUCCGAAGCGGCGGAGAGUCUAUUUCAAGUGUUGCCUUAGAGACUUCACUCCUAAAACACCCGUCCGUUCUUGAGGCGGCAGUUAUCGGUGUGCCCGAUGAAAAGUGGGGUGAACGUCCACUCGCUGUCGUUGCACUUUCACAACGGAUAGAUGAGGACAUUUCAGACGACCUUAAACAACACCUCUCUGUUGAGUUCCCUAAGUUUUGGAUCCCUGACCGGUUUGUCGUUGUUGAUGAAAUCCCGAAAACGAGCGUCGGAAAAUCCGAUAAACGCGCGAUUUUAGGAAUGUUUAUAUCCACUGGUAACUCGGAUUUACCAUGA